UAAUGACUUAAGACUUGGAGAGAGUUCUUUGGUCGGACACAGAUCCACUGCAUGCUCACCUGCUCUGUGGCUGUUAGUGAUGUAUGACUGCACGUUUCAAGUGUAUUUAUGGUAAUAUUGUUUAAUUGAUUCAUUUUAAGUUAUUUCUGUAAAGGAGUAGGUCUCUGUUUUAGAGUUCGUGCAUGUGUAAUUACUUGUCUUGAUGACUCACACGUGUGACUCUUAACAAUGCUUGCUGAAGGUCACGUUAUAGUGCGACGCACUUAUUUAACUAAUGUGCAUCUGUUCUUUUGCAACCGUGACUUGAUUUACAGAUAACUUUAUCAUCUUAUCGUUCAACCGAGACAGCAACGAUGGCGUUUACUCAUGUGUUUUGACCAGCAGACUAUUUUUAGUCCACUUUAUAGGUGAGACCACCCGGACUAUGACUUGGUCCAAACUUUGUUCUGCGCUGUGGGUGACCCAGUGAAAAGUGUCCGUGAGACCGGAUAGUUUAGUCGUGCCAGGCGGAGGAUGUUAGGAAGCCCGCCAAACAACGGUGGCACCAGAAUGCUGGUACCCCCGGACCCGAGCGACGACAGGCGGGUAGAGUCUGUGGCUCUGACCGCCGUCCACACGGAGAGAAGCGAACCGUCCAGCCCGGAGCGCGGACACCUGUCUCACCGGACAGGUCUGCUGGGCACCCCGCUGCCCGGGCGGCCCGCGCACCGGGUCAACACGUCCGGUCCGAGCAAACGCUUCAGAAAGUUCCAGAACUGCAUGUACAACGUGCUGGAGAGACCAAGAGGAUGGGAUUUCAUCUACCAUGCAUUCAUUUUUCUGCUGGUGCUCAGCUGCUUGGUGUUGUCUGUGUUCUCCACCAUCCCCGACCACCAGCAGUUUGCCAACCAAGGCCUCUUCAUCCUGGAGUUUGUGAUGAUCGUGGUGUUUGGGUUGGAGUACUUCAUCAGGGUCUGGGCAGCUGGCUGUUGCUCCAGAUAUCGUGGAUGGAAGGGACGACUGAGAUUUGCCAGGAAGCCUUUCUGUGUCAUAGACUUCAUAGUAUUGGUGGCAUCCUUGGCCGUGAUAGCUGCCGGGACGCAGGGCAACAUCUUUGCCACCUCAGCCCUGCGCAGCAUGCGCUUCCUGCAGAUCUUGCGUAUGGUCCGUAUGGACCGUCGGGGAGGCACCUGGAAACUACUGGGCUCAGUGGUUUACGCUCACAGCAAGGAGCUGAUUACCGCCUGGUACAUAGGUUUCCUGGUCCUGAUCUUUGCCUCCUUCCUCGUGUACCUGGCAGAGAAAGACAUCAACUCAGACUUCAACACCUAUGCAGAUUCCCUCUGGUGGGGGACAAUUACUCUAACAACCAUUGGCUACGGGGACAAGACGCCUCGCACUUGGCAAGGCCGGCUCCUCGCUGCUGGCUUUGCUCUCCUGGGCGUCUCCUUCUUUGCCCUGCCUGCUGGAAUUCUGGGGUCAGGCUUCGCCUUGAAGGUCCAAGAGCAGCAUCGACAGAAGCACUUUGAGAAGAGGAGGAUGCCUGCUGCUAACCUGAUACAGGCUGCAUGGCGUCUCUACUCUACAGAUGUCAAGCAUUCCUAUCUGACAGCUACUUGGUACUUCUAUGACAGCAUGUUGCCGUCGUUCAGAGAACUGACGCGAUUGUUUAGUCACCUCCAGCGACAGCGCAACACCAAGAAGGUCGUCCACAACUCCUACAACACGCUGCUGUCUGGGCUGCGGCCCUACAGCCUCCCCUACCUGUCAGGGGACAGGAAGGCAGAAGUUCCCUGCAGUCAACUUCUUUCUAAAAAACGGGGUCUCUUCCGGAUUCACAGUGGCCGCAAGCAGAGCAGCAAAAUGGGCUUUCGGGAUCGGAUCAGGAUGAACAAUUCCCGAUCAUCCCAAAGCGUUAGGAGCAGGACGUCACCACUGCCCCCCGGCUCCGGCGUCCGAAGCUCCCCCAGCCAGGAGAACGUGCCCGAUGCCACCAGCCCAGGGAAGGUCCAGAAGAGCUGGAGCUUCAAUGACCGCACACGCUUUCGCACCUCCCUUCGCCUCAAACCACGUCCACCUGUUGAUGCAGAUGGGCUCGGGGAGGACGUUGUAGAAGACAAACCAUAUUGUGACGUGUCCAUGGAGGAGGUGAUCCCAGCAGUGAAGACGCUCAUACGGGCUGUCAGGUCCUUUAGGUGCAAGCCGGAGCUGCUGUGCCUCGGGUUGUUGAUAGAACAAGGUCACUAUGGUCAGAUGAACAACCCAUACAUGUGCAUUCAGACAUGAGCGCUUCUCGUGGUAUUUCACUGCCUGCACUAUUUGGUGAACAUGCGUGUCCAUUUAGGCGCUGGCGUGAGCAGAUCAGCUGAUGGAGUAGAAAUAUCCACUUAGGAGACGUAACUGAGCCCUCCUGCAGGCACGCUAGUUCCCCUGUGUGACCGUGUCGCUCAGAAAGGACAGCUCAUUCAGACCGGACAUGUGGUGUGAGAGUAGAGAGUACACACACACACACACACACCAUACAGAUGGAGGAUCCCACUACAUUACAACUGCAGAGACCAAGGAUAUCGUACAGUUCAAGGACAGCUGUAAUAACAAUUGAUUAAGAGCAUCGCUGGUGUUGAUUUCUGUCAUUGUGUCGUCUCUUUAUCGACUGCAAGCUUUGAUGUGUCAAUGUGUGCUUAUGCACUUUAAAUUAAUUCAGCGUACAAUCAUGACGAGAAGCAAAACCGUUACACAUAUAAACUAAGUAAUCAUAAAUCAUCCCGCUUUUUGUGUUUAUUUUUAAUUUAUUCAUCUCGUUGAUGAACAUGUUUCUUCUUUGUGUAAGUAAAGAAAUGCUCUCUUGGCAAAUCUAUAACUAUAAUUAUGAAUUAUUUGUAAUUAAUCAUUGUGUAAAUCCCACAAAUACAUAACCUUUUGUUCUGAAAUGUGCAGAUAUGCCAUAGGGUUACCAACGGUAUGAACACACACACACACACACACACACACACACACACACACACACACACACACACACACACACACACACACACAGUUUUUUACAGAUGGCAGAAAAAAAACUACAAUUGCUUGCAAACAUCUGGUGUUGGGGCCAGACUGGUCUCCAUUGAGGUUUGAUGAGAGCAGAUUGUAUUGACUAUCUUCUGGGGGCCUGAUGUCGGGGCGGUUCCCUCACAGCAUUGUUCAUGGUGGCGCUACGCGGUGUGUGUGGUUUCAUAUGCUCUCUGGGAAGCUCUUGAAUAAAGAUUGGAACGUGGCUGGAAAUACGGUAAACUCUGUGUUUGCCUUCCGGUGUCCUAGUUAUUAUAAUGCAUAUUGUAUAAUCUAUAGGAAUAUAUAGUUUAUUGAAUGAUCCACCCUGAUCUUGAUUAUUGUAAUAAUUUAAUACGCUUUAAAGGUUCACUCAGUGGUGUGCAGAUCUCCACCUGAUGUAUCUUCAACAACCGCUGCUGUAUUGUGGGAUUUAAUUCAUAUCUAGAAACCAAAGGGCUGUAAAAGCCACUUCAUUAGAACUCAAAAAGGAGCGACUCUAAAUGCAGGCAGUCAGCUCGAUGUCAUCGUAUAAGACACGUCAGGAAGUCUUGCCAAAAACAACAAGAACUACACCAAGCUGCCUGCCUGCGGAGCAGCGGCUGAGUGGCAUUGAUCCACUCUGCAGUGUGUCUCCUGCGAGCUCCUUUCGCUGUUAGCACACUAUCCAACACACUAACAGUGUGCAAACUGCAGUGUCUCUGGGCGCAGAGUAGCAGGUGGAGGUCGUGAUGCAGUGUGGGUCACCGCAAACACAAGAGGUCCUUGAGCAUGGAGCCAUCCCUGGCCACCCAACAAUAUUGAGCCAUUACCUGCAAGACUUGCCGCAGACAGACAGAGCUGCACACUCACUCACUAAGGCAUGGGGGGAGGGCCGUCCUUCAAUCAGAGGAUCGGUGGUUCGAUCCCCGGCUCUGUGAGCCCAUGUCGAUGUGUCCUUGGGCAAGACAUGUAACCCCAAAAUGGCUCUCGUGUGUGUGUGUGUAUGUCAGCUACUGCUGAUGUGCAGGUGGGACUGUAGCUCCUCCCAUCAGUGUGUGAAUGGGUGAAUGAUGUCACACAAUACUACAAACUAACCAAUCGAUUGAGGCACUAGCAACUCCUGUCUUUUUGUUUUUUAACCAAACUCAAAAAUCUAAAUCUCUCAAAGAGUUUGUCUCUGUUUAAAAAACAAAAUGAAUUGUUGAGCAAAAACUUUUUCUCGAAACUUAGAAAGAAAGAGCAUUUUUUUUAAUGGGACGAUAUAAGAACUGAAGGAUUGAUAAACUUCUUUUAUAAAACUCACGGGCUAAUGAUUGAUAAUAAGUAUCUCAUUCCACCCAAUUCAAAGAAAUCAGAACUAUCAAUGAUAACGGAACUUUUCUUUGUAGAUUUAGAUAUUUUCCAGCCUGAUAAUUUCAUAUUGCCACGGAUGAUUUAUUAUAUGAUUUGCACUGGAAUCAGCAGAUAUCGCUGACCUCAGCUGCUCUGCGCUGCAACAAUAGAAGAGAGGAAGUUCCUAUAGAUAGUACAGGUGUGUAAACAGCAGGUGCUUCACUGAGGUAACACACACACAUGCAGUCGCCUCGGCGACUUUCAUGAUUGAUGUUUGUGAAACAAAGAAUUUCGCAGCAGGCCGUAGUGCUGAGCGUUCACUUUCCAGAAGCACAUGUGGUUCAUCAAUGCCUGGCUGCGUCCAGGGUUCUGUUUAUGUGCAGAGGGAGAAGAGAGGAAGAGAAGGAGGAACACAAGGCCUGACAGUACUGCACAAAACACAACCUUUCUGCAUGUUUGGAGUCUUAGAUAAAGCUCUUAUUUCAUUAAACAAAUAGACAUGCUUACAACUUCUAACCAUUUGAUCUUUAGUCCUCGUCAUCAGUUCCUAGAGCAUUUCAGCUGUAAUAUCUUUAAACUCAAAUAAUGUUCACGUCGUAUAUAUUUCUCUGUUAAUGAAUGAAUACACAAACUGUAGCUUGUGCGCUACGAUUGUGUUCCCUUAGCAGGUAGGUAGUCGUACCCUUCUUGGCCAUCUCUUGGUGUCAGCAUAACAGUCACAGUUAAGGCACAUUGGAGCCUCUCAGGGAUCCACUUUGCUGAAUUGCACAAAUAUUUGACUCGCUAUGCAAGCGUCUUGGGGCACCGAUGACACUUCCUGUCCCCAUUGCUGCGUCUUUAUGUCUCAACUUCCUGAGAAUAGGAAGGUAUAUGUUUCAGUGAGCCUUGCCAGCUGCACUGUGCUACUGCCACUGCCUGCUGCACCACAGGUGUAGGACCAUGCAUUAAGAAAGCCAUUACAUUGACCGAGAGAAAGAGUCAGCAUUUCGAAGAAACCCUUGGAGGAUCCAAAUCAAAAGUUCCCCCCGACCCCCCACCCACCUCCACAGCCUUUCUUUCACCCACACCUGAGACCCAUCCUGACAAAAAUCAGCAUCUAUCAGCAAAAUAUGAAAAAGACCCAAAUGCAGAAGUCAUCACGAAACGGAGUGCUGCUGACAGCUGCUAUGGCUACAGCCGUAAACCAUCACUCCUCCUCCUCUCAUUCCUCUUCUCCUUCCCUCACACCUUCUCUCCUUCUUUGUUGCAGCACUGGUCACCACACACAACUGUGUGCCGUGUGUGGCUGCUGUAAGUGCUGGCGCUGCAGACCUCAACAAAGGUUACACUGCUUAUUUCAGAAACUGACCCUUCUCUCAAGUUCAGAUUUCACUUGCUCCCACUAAGCCCAGGUGUGUGUAGUUGUGUUAGUGUGUACACUUCUUAGUGUGGUGAAGGCAUCUGUGGCAUUAUCUUUUUGUACUUUGGUGUGUGUGACGUUUUCUCAGAACAGCUGAGUGCUCCUGAUCUUCUGCUUCUCAGACCUUUGAUGUGAUUUCUUUUCUUCUUCCUGUGAAGGAAAGUGGAGUAUUAUAGUGGACUUAGUCAUCUGGCCAUGUGAGAUAGGAUUUCUUAAAAAUAUCCCUCCUUCCUUGCCCUUCCAAUCUCUCUCGCUCUUCCCCCAGCUGACUUGGUGAGAUGACAGCUCCAGUGUGCAUGUUUUGGUGUUUCCGGCGCUUCUGCAGAGCAAGCAUCUCCGAGCUGCCUAUCUCAUAAGUGAUAAGGGGGGAAUGGAAUGACACACAGAACACCACACACACACACACACACACACACACACUCUCCCUUCCCAUUAACUCUUGCACAUCCUCCACUCCCUCCAGCAUGACGCCCAACCAGACAUACUCCGGCAGAAAAGAAUGUGAUAUGUUUGCCGGGUGCAGAAGUGUCGGGUCAACAUUCCUCGGUGUGAUUCCCCCAUGUGGGUGGUGGUGUGGGCACUGGGAGCGGGAGCAGCUGUGGGCCACCAGUGGCACCAGCAUGGCUGUCAUACUGACAAAAGAGCAGGAACAGGGGAAAGCUCCGAUAGAGGUGUGCGUGUGUGUUGCCCAGUAGGAUUUGUACUAACUGCUGAAACAGCAAACACUGAUAAGCAACUGUUUCUGGGGGAUGUGUCAUUGUCACAAUGCACCCACUAAGUAGACGGGCGACUCUGCUCUCUUUAUGGGGCUGCUGCUGAAUGAAAAGGUCACUUUGACUGUAAUUAAUCUUGUUAUUUUCAGGGUGUCCCGCAUCGUUUGUUCUGCUCCUGCAUAUUUCCAAAAGUUUACAGUACAUCAUAUAUGCGUGUGUGCAGUGUGAGGCACUUUAAAGGUGUUCAGAGGAGCGAUAACAGUGAGUGUUCUGCGUUUGUGUAGGAUCCUAAAGUUCCUUGUGGCGAAGAGGAAGUUUAAGGAGACGCUGCGUCCGUAUGAUGUGAAGGACGUCAUAGAGCAAUACUCCGCUGGAC